AUGGGUAAGAAUAAAGAUAAAAAGAAAAAAGGUGCUGCGGUCCAAAAGACAGCUACAAAAGCGAAGAAGAAGACAGAAAAAGAACUGAAAAAACAAAUUGAACAACUUGGAGAAGAUAACAUCGAACAACUAAUUACGAAACAUGUAGGAAAGGACAAAAAUAUUGAAGCAGUUGUCAUUGAAGAUCCAACUGAAAAUCCACCAUCGAGAAGAGCAAAUGCUUCGCUAACUGAACAUCCUUUGAAGGAUGAAUUGCUACUCUUCGGUGGAGAAUUCUUCGAUGGACGUACUACAAUACUUUUCAAUGAUUUAUAUAUUUAUGAUAUAAAAAAACAACACUGGAAACGUGUACAGACUCCACAACCACCAGCGCCACGUGCCAGUCAUCAAGCGGUCAGUGUGUCCAUGCGUGACGGUGAACUGUGGAUGUUCGGUGGCGAAUAUACAUCUCCAUCGCAAUCACAAUUUUACCAUUACAAUGAUCUAUACGUUUUGCAUCUAUCUACGUUAAGAUGGGAAAAACAAAUGACAACAACGAAUGGACCAUCAGGACGUAGUGGCCAUCGUAUGACCACAGCCAAGCGACAAUUAUUUUUAUUUGGCGGCUUUCAAGAUUAUAUCACAACAUUUCGAUACUUCAAUGAUCUGUAUUCGUUCUGUUUGGAUACCUUUCAAUGGACACAGAUAAAACCUAUGGGUCAAGUUCCAACACCUCGAUCUGCUGCACCUAUCGUUACUUCACAAGAUGGUUCAACUCUAUUCAUCAUCAAUGGUUACAGUAAAGAAACUGACGAUAAAGGCAUUGCACAUACUGAUGUCUAUGCUCUAACACAAGAUGAAGCAUCUUGGCAAUGCCGACAAGUUAAAGUCGGUGGUACCAAACCAGAUUUACGCUGUGGUGGUAGUCUUCAUUGUUAUCUAAAUACAUGUAUUCUAUUCGGUGGCGUUACGGAUUGUGAUCUUGACAACAAGACUGCUGAUGCGUUCUUGAAAAGAAAAGGUCCCGAGGCAACACGAAUGCGUUCAGUAUUUUACAAUGAUCUUCAUCGGUUGGACUUGCAUAAACUGAAAUGGUAUCCGAUGGAAAUUAAAUCUGAAAAAACGGCAUCGACAGACACGGGACCAGUGUCUAGAAUGAAUGCAAUGAUGGUUAUCAAGCAAGGAAUACUCUAUUUGUAUGGAGGUUUGAGAGAACUUGACGAGAAAAAACAAUAUACUUUAGGUGACUUCUACAGUCUAAAUUUGAAUAAACUCGAUGCGUGGACAUGUCUGUAUGCUGAUGCUCAGCAAGGUGAUGUUCAUAUCUAUUCGGAUUCAUCUUCCGACGACGACGAUGAUGAUGUUGAUAUGGAAAAAGACGACGAUUCUUCAUCAUCAUCGUCGAGCGACGACGACGAAGAUCAAGAUAUCGAAAUUGAAGCACCGGAUGCCAUACCCAAUGAAACUGAUGAUGAAUACUAUAAUCGUACACGUGAAUUUUGGUUAGGUGAAGCGCGAAAAGAGAUGAAAAUCUCCGAUCCCAAUGACGACUCCAUACGCGUGCAACAUUUGGCCAAACAAAUGUCGAAACUUUUCUUUCAAUCAUAA